CGAAGAGACAUUAUAUAGAGACAUCUCAGGCUAAUUGUGCGGAUCUAAAAAUAUGGAUGCUUAUUAUUGAGUGAAGAGGAGGAGAAUUGAUUUCCCUUUCAAAGACUUUUGUGCAGGCUUUUGAUGUGGAGAAUGGAGAGUGGAAGUGGUGCGCUGGUGGGGCUUGUGCUGCUGCUGUAUACGGUUAUGUUGAGGACAGCGCACUCAGCCUCUCAUAGUAUCUACCCCAGGAUACGCUUGUCACAUAAAGAGCUAUGGCAGCUGAACCGGACGUGGGUGUACCAAGGCCACGGAGCCUCUUUCCAGCCCCAGACCAUGCUUCUCGACGACAGCCACGAGCGCCUCUACAUUGGGGCCAAGAACUCUCUCUUCUCCCUGAGCUUGGACCGCAUCAACGCCCAUCCCCGAGAGGUCCAGUGGGCGAGCACAGAGUCCCAGAUGGAAAACUGUCUGAUGAAGGGGAGAGAAAAGACGGAGUGCGCAAACUACAUCAAGGUGCUGCAGCAGUACAACCACACCCACCUGCUGGUGUGUGGGACCGGUGCCUUCAACCCGCUCUGCGCAUUCGUCCAAGUGGGCCACACUGGACAGGAGCGUACGUUUGUCCUUGAAGAGGAGAGUGUGAGCAGUGGGAAAGGACGCUGUCCCUAUGACCCCAACAGUCCCUGCACCUCCACAAUGUCCAGGGGAGAGUUGUACAUCGGCCUGUACACAGACUACUGGGAGAAUGACGGAGCCUUGUGUAGACUCAACAACCAGACCUACACCCGUACAGAGAGGGAUGACCGGCAACAGCUCAACGAGCCAAAGUUUGUGGGCUCGGCGGUGAUCCCAGACAACGAGGACAGAGAGGAUGAUAAGGUGUACUUCUUCUUCACUGAGAGAGAGCUGGACCCAGAAGGAGCGCACAGGGCCGUGUACACACGUGUGGGAAGAGUCUGUGCAAAUGACCAGGGGGGACAGAGGAUGCUGGUGAACCGUUGGAGCUCCUUCCUGAAAACCCGUCUCAUCUGCUCCGUGUCAGGACCUAACGGCAUCGACACACAUUUUGAUGAGCUGGAGGACGUGUUUGUGCUCCGGAACAAAGACGAGAAAAAUCCAGAAAUCUUUGGCCUGUUCAGCACCACCAGUGCUGUUUUCAAAGGCUACGCUGUGUGCAUCUACACCAUGGAGGACAUCCGAGCUGCGUUCAAUGGGCCAUUUGCCUACAGGGAGAGACCAGAGCACCACUGGAGCCUGUACGAGGAGCGCAUCCCCUACCCCAGGCCAGGAUCAUGUGCCAGUAAGAUGACGGGUGGGGCUUUCUCCAGUUCUAAAGAGUUCCCAGAUGAGGUGCUGCGUUUCGUUCGCUCUCACCCGGUCAUGUACCGGCCGGUCCUGCCCCAGCACAAGAGGCCGGUGCUGCUGCAGACCGAGCCGGGCCACAGGAGGCUCACCCAGGUUGCAGUGGACAGAGUGCAGGCGCAGGACGGGUACUACCACGUGCUCUACAUCGGGACAGACGACUCAGCAGUUCUGAAGUUUAUCACCAUCUAUAACAAAGACACAGACACCAUGGAGGAGGUGCUGCUGGAGGAGCUGCAGGUCUUUAAGGUGCCUGCUCCAAUUCGAGAGAUCAUCAUUUCUCCCAAAAGACAACAGCUGUAUGUGGGCUCGGAGGUGGGCGUGGCUCAGGUCCGCCUGCACCAGUGUGACCUGUAUGGCUCUGAGUGUGCAGACUGCUGCCUGGCCCGGGACCCCUACUGCGCCUGGGACGGCCUCACCUGCUCCCGCUACUACCCCAACGGAGUCUACACCAAGAGCCGUCGAUUCAGGCGCCAGGAUGUUCGCCAUGGCAACGCCGUCCAGCUGUGCAACGGGCUCCAAAUUGAUGGUGAAGAGUGGCAACGUGCUGAAGAGAAGCGCGUCUAUGGAGUGGAGAGCAACAGCACUUUACUAGAGUGUGUGCCGCGCUCACUGCAGGCCAAAGUGCUCUGGUUCACUCAGCGGGAUGGAGACAAGCACGAGAUCCGGGGCGACGAGCGGGUGAUCCUGACGCCCCAUGGCCUCCUCUUCCUCAGGCUUAAGAGCUCCGACGCCGGCCUGUACGUGUGCCAAACUGUGGAGCAUGGCUACGUGCACACUCUUCUACACGUGACCCUCAACGUUCUAAGCUCCAACAAAGUCGAAUACGCCAACCACCACAUCAACAACCAACGCGACCCCGGCAAAACAUCCACGCAAUGCCAAACCUCCGCUUCUUCUCCCCCGGGCCCAAGUGUUAGCCCGAGAUCUUUAGCCCCCUCUCCUGGUCAUAACUCCAGACUGUGGUACAAAGACUUCCUUCAGCUGAUCGGAUACGGGGACGCACAGAAAGUGGAGGAGUACUGCGAGAGAGUCUGGUGCUCCGACAAGAAACGUAAAAAAUCAAAGAGGAGAUACGUCCCCGUGGAGAGGAGGGGGAAGGGGAGGGGAGAGGAGAGUUCCAAUCGCGCGCCGAGGCAUACCACCGAUACCUGAAGGCCAACAGAAUUAUCCAAAAGGUCAUACCUGCUCGAUGUUUUCAUCUCGUAAUAGCUUUUCUUUCGACAUGGCUUCAGACAAGGACUGUGAUUUUUAACAGGUUUUGAGGUAUGUUCAGGAGACGAAGAUGGAAGACUCUAAGAAGAUACGGGAAGAGAUUGAGAGAUGCAUAUCAGCUUUAAACCCCAUUUAAUGUAUGGACUUGUACAGACUCAAAAAUGUUGCGUAUGCGUAUUGACAUUUUUAACGUCUUUUGGUACUAUAUAAAUUAUUUUCUGUUGGUGUUUAGAUGUUGCAAACUGGAAAAUGUAGUUGCCGCUUUGUACAGUGAGAAAUGCAGUGAUAAGCUUUAUAUUCUUAAAGGGCCCAUCCAUAUUACGAUAUUCUCAGAUCUAUGUUAUAAUGUUGUUUUCUCAUCACAAACAGACCCGGAGGUGUGUUUUGUUUCAUUCACACAUGUUUAACACGCAACUCAUAUUUCUCUGAGUUCUUAUCCCAAACAGAAAACACCUUGUUCCACCUUGUGAUGUCAUGUCGUAAUACAGGAAGUGCUCCACUGUGUUUCUAAACUUCAUACACCUUCACUAGAAUCAUUUGCAUGAUUUCAGCUCUGGAAUUGUCAGUCUCUACUGAGUUAAAGGUAAAAGGUAGACGUUAACUUGAAAACUACCGCUUCAUGAUAUCACAAGGUGGAACAGAGCAUUUUGAGCUUUGGAAAUGUAGACAGACUAAUAAUAAAGGGUUACUUAAACACAUGUAGAUGAAACAAAACACAACUCCAGGUAUGUUUUUAAUGAGGUAACAACAUUAUAACGUGAUUUAAACCUCACAAGAGUCAUUUUUCUGUAAUAUAGGACCUUUAAGCCUUGUUUUCACCAAGAGCCAUAGACAGCAUCACAUUGUCCACUGUUUCCAAGGGAGAGGUUUUCGUGAGUAUGUGACAAGUUUAAAGCGUCAAUAUGAAACUUUUCUGGUGGAGGGAUCAGCCACAUGCUGGCCUCUAUAGAGAUGUUAUUGUUUUGCCUGGAAUGGUCAACAGUAUGGCAUUAAACAUAUCUAUCGUGUAGGUCUCUUGUUCAUUUACAUAUGUUUUUGCUACUAAAAAAAAACUUGAAAAACAUGGAUUCUUUCAAUGAAUGGGCUUGGCUCUCUGCAGAUCUGACCUGUAACUUGGCCUGGUGAUGUUGCCUGCUUUUCUCUGUGGAUGUCGAAAAGAUUAAUGACACACAGUGGAACACUACGCAAAGCAAAAACAUCUGGGAGACCCUGACCCAGAAAAGUUAAUGUGUGUAAUCAUUGAUAUCAGAGGUGUAUUAUCAAACUGCAAAUAUGACUAAAAUGUUCUCACAAGAGACAAGAAGAAUAUUGCAAUAGUAAUCAUCAAAAAACAUACCUGAAGAGAUUUUAGAUAUCAUCCAUGCAUGUUUGAGUUAUCUAGUGAUCUCUUCUCGAUACAAUGCUCAGCCCACAAACCUACAUAACCCAUGCUCCUGCACUGACAUUUUUCUUAAAUAUACAAGAGCAGCAUACAAAAAAAAUACACUACAACUUCACAAACCUGAUGUGAUGUGCAGUAGUUUCAUUAGCAGGAUGCACGCUCAUUGUGCAGUCAGUGCUCUGAAGGGGGAGUGACUUAGACUUUGUUGUUGUAGCAUUGUAGCAUUUUCAAAACAAUAAAAGGAAACAUGGCGAUCUAAAUGUGUUUACAAUUAAUACCCCAUAGAAGUGUAAUAACCCCUCUUUAAAAACACAAAGAGGGGACUAUAUAAGUAAUUACCUCGACCACUCUUAUUGAACAAGCAGACAAAGACGAUCAAUGUAACACAGCAUGACCCGUUUUUAGCAACAUGCUGUACUCCUCAGACAAUAUCGCUAACCUCCUCUACAGUGAAAACAAGGCUUAAUCUAACUUCUCUCCAAAUGCAUUCUAUUUAAGCACUUGUGAAAGCUUUAAGUGUAGUUACGUGUUCAAAAGUGCUAGUUAUUGUGUUGACGUGUACUUUUGUGGGUCAUGUAUUGUAUUAUGUACUUUGUCUGUAUUCGGGGUGGCCUCAAAAGUCAACCGCAAUGCCUGCUCCCCUCCUUUCAGUCUAUUGCAGUUUGAAUUAUGGACUGUUAUAAUAAGCUGCAAUGAAAGAUAGCACGCGCGCACCCAUAUGGACAGACGAAUGGUUGGCGUUGCCGUUGGCGAACAUGCUAAUGAGCUAUUUUGUUUAAUGCAGAGAUGACGCUAACAUUAAACACUGAUGUGAAAGUGA